CACAGAUAGUUGUGAUUGCUCCUGGGGGUAGAGAGCGGUCGGGUACUGUUACCUUUUCAGCACAAUUAUGCACGUUUAAGUCAUGUAAGAAGCUCUGUAAUGUCAAAAGAACAGGAUAAAGAUACCUUCUCGCUCAAAAGAACCCGAGGUGGAGAUGGUGGGCUUGAUGAUCUAGGAGGGCCGGGUGCUCUGCUGGAUAGCCCAGACAAGAAAAAGUGCAAGUUGAACGCACAGGCUCCUUUCUUCGCUCCCCUAUCCGAGUAUGCUCCAUCACCAAACCGAAGUGCCGACCACCUAGUGGCUGCCAAUCCUUUUGAUGACAAGUACAACGCACCAUCUUUCAAGCCUCUGUCCUCUGGGAACCCAUAUUUUGGCAACCCGCACUACCCUGGCUGCAGUGGCUAUGGCCCGCCCGAGAUGGACCACCUCAUGCCCAAUAGGAUGCCCUCUUCUUACAGGGGUCCCUACCAGAUACGAAACCAGCUCCACCCUUUUGCCCAGAAUCAAAUGGGCAUGGGGUUCAAUCGACCCCCCGGCUUUAACUAUGGUUACCAUGAAAAUCCCAAUUAUGGUAACCAUCCACCAUUAAACAACAACAACAGUAUCAUGACACUUCCACCCAAUCAAUCUUUCAGACCAGGUCCCCGUGGCAACUUAAAUCAGGUGCAUCUGCAUAAUGUGACCCAAAGCACUUCUCCUGACAUGGGCCCGAGCUUUAGAUCAGCAGUCAUCCCAAUUGGGAAUCCACCUCCCCGACCCGGCAUGGACUCUAGUCCCGGUUUUAUUCGGCAGCAACAAAACAACAGCUUUGCCCAGUCCAAUACACCCACACCUAAACAGGACAUGAGUGAGGUGGUGUCAAGCAAAAGUACAUCCCAGAAUACAUCUCCAUGGAAACGAAGCCAUGGCUCAGAGGAGAUCAUGGGUCAGAAAAACUCUGUCGACCUGAAAUCAAAGAAUAGAGGCGCCCUGGUCUGUCAGGGUGCAAGUCAGCCUAACACCACAGAGAAAAUCAACGGCAUCAUCCAUCCCAAUAAUGAUUCUCUGAAGAAGUCCCCACAGUCAGGCAGCCACAUGGAGGCAGCCCCCCUGGAGCGGAGUAGAAGCAAUGGAGGUGGUGGUGUGGUCAUCAAUAAGACACUGAUGCAUCCCAACAGGCCUAGCCACUCCUCCACAGAGCCUGUGUUUCCAUGUGGAAUAUGCCUGAAUGAAGUGAAUGAUGACCAGGAAGCUAUCCUGUGUGAGGCCUCAUGUCAAAAAUGGUUCCACAGGGUUUGUACUGGAAUGACUGAGACAGCUUAUAACCUGUUGACAGCAGAGGUGUCGGCAGUGUGGGGCUGUGACAUCUGCAUGGAGGAGAAAGGGGCACAGCUCCAUAGAACAAAGGAGAUAACAGGGCAGCCAGCAGGGCAGCAGCCAACAGUUAACAGCGAGUGAUAUGGUCAUGAAUAUGGGCCAUCAGUAACAUUAUACUAUACUGGUUAUACUUCCUUUGCUAUACUUCCUUUGUUGGUGAUUUUUCCUUACGUUUUUAUGUAGGGUUUACGAAGGGUUACAUUUUUACCAUUUUGUUGUUUUAUUUGAGAUUUGGUAUAAUUUGGAUAGCAGUGUCUGUCCCCUGCUUAGACCGAUGCAAGAGCUAGACUGAAGUUCUCUUUAAUGUCAUAUGUAUUCCCUAUUUUUGGGCAGGUACCAUUGGCCAUGUUGACCACAAUAAUGUCAUUCUCUUAACAAGGUCCUUACUGUUUCGCUCUACUUUCCUGGCCUAUGGUUUAUAUAAGUUAUUAUAACAUCAGUAUGAGUAAGCUAUCCGGAAAGGUUAACUGAUUGACGGAUGCAAGCGUAUUCAACGUUUUAAUCAUAUAUUUUUUUCAACUGCUGUUAUUGUUUGACAGAUUUUGAACAGUAUGAUUGUUUCCCAAAACGUUGAUAGUCACAGCUGGAGUGGUGUUCCAAAGCCAUACAUACACCUGUACUGUAUGCUAUACAACCAGAAUUGGAUCUGAUACAUUUUGUAUAAAUGAUUCGAUACAUGUGGGUCGUUCCACCAAUUCGAUACCUUUUGAGGUGUAUAACUUGGUGAGAAGAAAAAAAACAGUUUAAAAGUAACAGGGUUGAAGAUGUCAUCUUAAAUCAGACAUAAAUCCCCUCGUGACAGUGGAAAUGGAAGUUGUGUGUGCAACAGGGAGGGGCAAUUGAAUUCAAGCUUAAGAAAAAAGUAUAAAUGUUCCCCCCAAAAAUUAGCCUGUUUAAUCUAUCUAUGGGUAACAGGGUUAACGUGUUAUGCUCAUGUUAUGCUCCCACAGAACACCAGAAAAUGGCCAAAAAGAGUAGAACCAGCUCACCUGAUUUUACAAUAGGAUUUGACUAUUAGAUGUUCAAUGUUUCUUUUCCUUUUUUUUAAAGGAAUCGUUUCACAAUAUUAAAACAAAAGUUCAGUUCACAUAACAGGGUUGACCUUAAAAUGAAUGCCAGGUUGUUGUGUUUUUACCUUAAAAUUAUUCACCAAUCACAUUAAAUAAUCAUCAUAAAAUGACUUUGUCAAAGCAAAUAAAAUAACUAGGGCUUUACAAUGAUGGUUUAAACUUGGAUAAAUCUUAGGGUUUUGUGGGUUAAAUUCUUCCUGGAAGUCAGAGUGCACGGAGGAAUAUGUCAAAAUGCAGAAUUUUGGCACUUUAGCAAGUCUUAAUUCAUAUAACAAAAUCUGAUUUGUUGAAUUAUCCAUGUGGUCUAUAUUAAAGGGCACACCUUUGAAUAUAACAGGCUUUUAAAAUUCAAUAUUGAUGCACAAUUUCUACGUAAAAUACCAAAGGGACGCAAAAGGCACUCAUUUUGUGGAACGAGCCAUGUAUGUUUUUUAAACUGUUGAUAUUGAAUGUAUUUAGAGCCUAAAAUGAAGUUACUUUGUAAAACAGUAUACAGAUUAAUCUCAUUUAAAUUAACCUAUUAUAUAAAAGACAUGUACAAUGCUCAAAAUGUUUUUAGUAUGUGUGCACUUUGCUUUAAUUGUAUUAUUUUUGCGCAAACAUGAUGCAUUUAAAUCAACAUUUCUUUAUAUUUUGUUUUCAUUUUGGAAAGGUCAAAUAAUAUGAUAAUUAGUACUAAGAGACAUGCUUACUGCAUAAAGGGAAAAUAACCUUGGUUCAAAAUAAACUUUGUCAAAAUAUAGUUUCAAGCAUGGUUUCCAUUUUUGCAAAUAGGGAAGGCAGUUUUAGAAGUAGCUUAAAGUAAACUAAAUACACUGCUCAAAAAAAUAAAGGGAACACCUAAACAACACAAUGUAACUCCAAGUCAAUCACACUUCUAUGAAAUCAAACUGUCCACUUCGGAAGCAACACUGAUUGACAAUACAGUGCCGUGCGAAAGUAUUCGGCCCCCUUGAACUUUGCGACCUUUUGCCACAUUUCAGGCUUCAAACAAAGAUAUAAAACUGUAUUUUUUUGUGAAGAAUCAACAACAAGUGGGACACAAUCAUGAAGUGGAACGACAUUUAUUGGAUAUUUCAAACUUUUUUAACAAAUCAAAAACUGAAAAAUUGGGCGUGCAAAAUUAUUCAGCCCCCUUAAGUUAAUACUUUGUAGCGCCACCUUUUGCUGUGAUUACAGCUGUAAGUCGCUUGGGGUAUGUCAGUUUUACACAUCGAGACACUCACAUUUUUUCCAUUUGUGAACAGCAGUUUUCAGUUCUUUCCACAGAUUCUCAAUUGGAUUCAGGUCUGGACUUUGACUUGGCCAUUCUAACACCUGGAUAUGUUUAUUUUUUAACCAUUCCAUUGUAGAUUUUGCUUUAUGUUUUGGAUCAUUGUCUUGUUGGAAGACAAAUCUCCGUCCCAGUCUCAGGUCUUUUGCAGACUCCAUCAGGUUUUUUUCCAGAAUGGUCCUGUAUUUGGCUCCAUCCAUCUUCCCAUCAAUUUUAACCAUCUUCCCUGUCCCUGCUGAAGAAAAGCAGGCCCAAACCAUGAUGCUGCCACCACCAUGUUUGACAGUGGGGAUGGUGUGUUCAGGGUGAUGAGCUGUGUUGCUUUUACGCCAAACAUAAUGUUUUUCAUUGUUGCCAAAAAGUUCAAUUUUGGUUUCAUCUGACCAGAGCACCUUCUUCCACAUGUUUGGUGUGUCUCCCAGGUGGCAUGUGGCAAACUUUAAACGACACUUUUUAUGGAUAUCUUUAAGAAAUGGCUUUCUUCUUGCCACUCUUCCAUAAAGGCCAGAUUUGUGCAAUAUACGACUGAUUGUUGUCCUAUGGACAGAGUCUCCCACCUCAGCUGUAGAUCUCUGCAGUGAUCAUGGGCCUCUUGGCUGCAUCUCUGAUCAGUCUUCUCCUUGUCUGAGCUGAAAGUUUAGAGGGACGGCCAGGUCUUGGUAGAUUUGCAGUGGUCUGAUACUCCUUCCAUUUCAAUAUUAUCACUUGCACAGUGCUCCUUGGGAUGUUUAAAGCUUGGGAAAUAUUUUUGUAUCCAAAUCCGGCUUUAAACUUCUUCACAACAGUAUCUCGGACCUGCCUGGUGUGUUCCUUGUUCUUCAUGAUGCUCUCUGCGCUUUUAACGGAGCUCUGAGACGAUCACAGUGCAGGUGCAUUUAUAUGGAGACUUGAUUACACACAGGUGGAUUGUAUUUAUAAUCAUUAGUCAUUUAGGUCAACAUUGGAUCAUUCAGAGAUCCUCACUGAACUUCUAGAGAGAGUUUGCUGCACUGAAAGUAAAGGGGCUGAAUAAUUUUGCACGGACAAUUUUUCAGUUUUUGAUUUGUUAAAAAAAAUUGAAAUAUCCAAUAAAUGUCGUUCCACGUCAUGAUUGUGUCCCACUUGUUGUUGAUUCUUCACAAAAAAUACAGUUUUAUAUCUUUAUGUUUGAAGCCUGAAAUGUGGCAAAAGGUCGCAAUGUUCAAGGGGGCCGAAUACUUUCGCAAGGCACUGUAAAUGUCACAUGCUGUUGUGCAAAUGGAAUAGACAACAGGUGGAAGUUAUAGGCAAUUAGCAAGACACCCCAAAUUAAAGCAGUGGUUCUGCAGGUGGUGACUACGUACCACAGUUCCUAUGCUUCCUGGCUGAUGUUUUGGUCACUUUUGAAUGCUGGCGGUGCUUUCACUCUAGUGGUUGCAUGAGUUUGUUUUAAGGACAUUACAUCAAAGUUGGAUCAGCCUGUAGUGUGGUUUUCCACUUUCAUUUUGAGUGAGACUCCAAAUCCAGACCUCCAUGGGUUGAUCAAUUUGAUUUCCAUUGAUAAUUUUUGUGUGAUUUUGUUGUCAGCACAUUCAACUGUGUAAAGAAAAAAGUAGUUAAUAAAAAUAUUUCAUUCA